AUGUCCGUGAUCUCUUUCGUCCGUGGGAGAAUUCGUCCGUGGGAGCCAUCACUAACCCACCCAUCCACUAACGCUUCUCUGUUGGGGGUGGCGGCACUGGUGAUACCAAAUAUACCACACCAAAUACCCACACCAGAUACCCGAACCACACCAAAUAUACAGAUACCAACCUACCACAUCAAAAUACCGGACCUACCCACCCAACACCCCACACCAGAUACCAGCCAUACCACACCAAAUACCACACCAGAUACCAGACCUACCACACCAGAUACCUACCACACAAAUACCCACGCCAGAUACCAAACGAAACCACACCAAAUACCCACACAGACACCAGACGAACCAACACAAAUCCCACACCAGACACAGACGACACACAAUAACCACACCAGAAACCACCAUACCACACCAGACAUCACCCAACCAACCACACAGAUACCAGACGAACCACACAAAAAUACCCACACCAGAUACCAGACGAAUCACACCAAAUACCACGCCAGAUACCAGACGAACCACACAAUAUACCCACACCAGAUACCCAUACCAGAUACCAACCUACCACACAAAUACCCACACCAGAUACCAGACGAACCACACCAAAUACCCACACCAGAUACCAGACGAACCACACCAAAUACCACACCAGACACAGACGAACCACACAAUAUACCACACCAGAUACCAGCCAUACCACACCAGACAUCACCCAUACUACACCAGACCUACCACACCAGAUACCAACCUACCACACCAAAUACCCACACCAGAUACCAUCCAUACCAGACGCCACCUUCCCACAGCACGAAGAAGCCCCACAGAAGGCCACGCCACAGUAAGCCACACGAGAGCAGCAUGAAGGCCCUGUCGGAGGUGUUUGCUGUGGCCACACCUCCUUCUGUGGGCAUCCAUAAGUAA